CAAAAUACGACCUCAUACCAGAAGUAGGAAGCCAAACUGAGUUGGACAGUUUACCGAACUUCACUUAUAACACCUCAUCGUUCAAAACACUUUUGCAGAAAAAUGUAUGAAAGGAAGACCGCAGCUUUUGAUUAAAUAGCCUCAGGCGUUGGUAUUUCCCAGCUUUCAUCCAACGAGACUCGAGGUUACGACCAACAACAUUGUCAGUCAUCAUUAUACAGUUUAAACUAAACUAGCUUUCUAGUUAGUUAGCUCAGGGAUUAAUUCCCAAUGCUAUGGACGAGGAUUCUGAAGACCGGUCCAGCCCGUCUCCAUCCUGCUCCACUGAACCCCAACCCACUGUGUCCCCGGGUCCUGACAGGAACCAUGGUGACCAGGAGGAGAGUAACCAUGGUGAUCAGAAAGACACACCGCAGGGUCAGGAGAGGGUUACUGUGAGUCUGGACAUCAACAGUGAAACACCAACAUUUAAUAUCGUAGUCAAAGAAGAAGAAGACUGGGAACUAGAUAAUACAGGAGAGAGUCCCAGCCAUCACUCUGCAGCCAGGGAGAGACCCUCUACAUCAGGAGAACCUGAGCAACACCAGAUGAAAUGCAGAACGAGGCAGAAAAAGACCCACUCAUGCCCAGAUUGUGGGAAACACUGCCAGACAUUAUCGGCACUACAAAUACACAUGAGAACCCACACAGGAGAGAAGCCUUACGCUUGCUUUGUGUGUGAGAAAACGUUCAUUAUUAGACAAGCUUUGAAAACACACCAGCGAACACACACAGGAGAGAAGCCUUAUACCUGCUCUGAGUGUGGGAAGGGCUUCGCUCAUCAAUGUAGUUUGAGAUACCACCAAAAGAGGAAUUCUGAACAGGUUAAAACAGACCCGAAUGAGAAGAUGACCUGCUGCUGUGGACAAGAGUUCUCCUCAAAGUGCGUUCUGGAGGUUCACUUGAAGACGGACACUGGAGCCAAGCCUUACACCUGCUGUGUGUGUGGCAAGAGGUUCAAUAAAGAAUCAUUAAAAGAACACCAGAGAUCCCAUACAGGAGAGAUGCCUUACUCUUGCUCUUUCUGUGGCAAGGGUUACUAUCACAAACCGGCUUGGAAAGCCCACGAGCGAACACACACCGAGGAGAAGCCCCUGUGCUCUGUGUGUGGACGGACCUGCUCUAGUAAGUAUACGUUAAAAGUCCACGAGCGAACACACACAGGAGAGAUGCCUUACCUCUGCUCUGAGUGUGGCAAGGGCUUCAUCAGUAAAGGACUCCUGAUGACCCACGAGCGAUUCAACUGUUCUGGGGGAGAGGAACGACGGCGACCAAAGAGAUUUCACAAGUGUCCGGACUGUGGGAAGGAGUUCACACAAGCAAACAAACUGGAGAGACACAUGAGAACACACACAGGGGAGAGGCCUUACCAGUGCUCUGUGUGUGGGAUGAGGUUCAACCAGAAAGGGAAUCUCAAAACGCAUUUUAAAGUGCACACAGGCAGGGAUCCCAGUUUGCUGCCUGACAUGGACAUGAGGACGACUUCUUCAGAAGCAGCGAAACAACCUCCGGACAACAGACAUGAUGUUGGGAAACCACAACACUGCCUGAAUCAGAUUGGCAAGGAGGGAACCCACAACCUACCGGCAGCACAAACCCACAAACUACCGGCACCACAAACCCACAAUCUACCGGCACCACAAACCCACAAUCAUCCGGCACCACAAACCCACAAUCAUCCGGCACCACAAACCCACAAUCAUCCGGCACCACAAACCCACAAUCAUCCGGCACCACAAACCCACAAUCAUCCGGCACCACAAACCCACAAUCUACCGGCACCACAAACCCACAAUCAUCCGGCACCACAAACCCACAACCUACCGGCACCACAAACCCACAACCAUCCGGCACCACAGAGGGAGGUAAGCCACCACCUCCCGUCAGCACAGAAACCCACCAUGUCCCCCAGGGGAGAAAAACACUAUCUCUGCCCUGAAUGUGGCAAGACUUACACCCGGGAAUACGACCUCCGAGUCCACCUCAGAACGCACACAGGAGAGAGACCGUACCAGUGCUAUGACUGUGGGAAGGCCUACGUCCGGAAAAACAAUCUCCAACAACACCAGCGGUCACAUGCUCCUAAGCCCAUGGGACCGACCCGCCAUUUAGGCAGACCACCCAGGGUGGGCUCUAGUGGUGGAAGGUCUAACCAAUCACCCAGGGUGGGCUCUAGUGGUGGAAGGUCUAACCAAUCACCCAGGGUAGGAAGAGCUAAGCAAAAAAUACAUACAUCAAUGUAAAUAUGAGAGACUCAUGCCCUUACCGCAGAUGGAGAGAGGACACUGGCAGUACUGGCACCUUUAAACAUGGGGCUGGGUCCAUAACUUCAUCCCAAAUGGCACCCUAUUCCCUAUAUAAUGCACUACUUUUGACCAGGGCCCAUAUGGGAACCUUAAAUGUAGUGCACUAUAUAGGGAAUAGGGUGCUAUUUUGGACACCCACAAUGCCUCUUAUGACUACAGAAUCGUUCUUCUUUCUGGUGUGUGCGUCUGUAUGCACUCACGUAUUUGUGUGUGUGUGUUGUUGUGAUCAGUACAAUAGAGUCCACUGUGUUGUGUAAGAUAAUCAUACUAUGUAAUCCUUUGCAUUUUAUUUCAUAUAUCUUAUUUUACUUAUUGAAGCUAUCAUGAUACUAAGAAAUGACUUGCAUUUCAUAUAACGCCAUGGUCUAAUAAAUGAACA